CCCAGCAUGCCUUGACCUAGUGCGCAUGUGCAGUGAGGCGCGGCUUGAGUGGCAAGUUGUUUGUUACUGUGUAGCACCAGCUGCCUUUUUUGCACUCUGGAGCCGCUGCUGUUCGAGUCUUCCUGAACUCAUUCAGCUUCCCUUGACUGCUUUUCUUUCAAAUCCCCCUCCUCUCUCUCUCUCUUUUUUUUUUCCUCCCCAUUUUCUGCUGCUUUCACACCCACCUUUUUACCCAUUGCAAAAAAAAAAAAGGGGGAAAAAAAGUCUGCAAUCAACAUAAAGAACAAAAACAUUAUUUUCCAUAGAUGAUCUACAAAUGAGAAGAAGAAAAAGAUGGAACUGCACAUUUUAGAACACAGGCUAAAAGUAGCAAGCAUAGCCAAGGAAAACAUCCAGUUGUUUACCUAUGGAUUAAUCAAACUUGCCUUCUUAUCGUCCAAAACCAGGUGCAAGUUUUUCAGUCUGACGGAAACACCAGAGGAUUAUACCAUCAUUGUCGAUGAAGAGGGGUUUUUGGAGCUUCCUUCCUCUGAACAUUUGAGUGUAGCUGAUGCAACAUGGCUGGCUCUCAAUGUGGUUUCAGGAGGCGGCAGCUCCUCGAGCUCCCAGCCUAUUGGAGUAACGAAAAUUGCCAAAUCAGUGAUUGCACCGUUGGCAGACCAGAACAUCUCAGUCUUUAUGCUGUCUACCUAUCAAACUGACUUUAUUUUGGUACGCGAGAGAGAUCUGCCUUUUGUGAUGCACACUCUAGCAGCAGAAUUUACAAUCCUUCAGGUGAUAAAUGGAGAGACUGUGGCAGCUGAUAACCUUGGAAUAACAAAUGGAUUUGUGAAACCUAAGCUUGUCCAGAGGCCUGUUAUUCAUCCACUUUCCAGCCCCAGCAAUAUGUUUUGUGUUACUAGCCUGGAUCCCUUUACCCUUCCAGCUGUGACUACACUCCUAAUGGAUGUUAUGUUUUACUCCAAUGGAGUAAAAGAUUCAGUAGUUGGCAAUGAAGAGUCUGGUCAUAUCCGCUUUUUCUCCUUCUCUCUCAUUGAGGGCUACAUCUCUUUGGUUAUGGAUGUUCAGACACAGAAGAGGUUCCCUAAUAACUUGCUGUUUACAAGUGCGUCUGGAGAGCUCUGGAAGAUGGUUCGCAUUGGUGGGCAGCCUCUUGGAUUUGAUGAAUGUGGGAUUGUUGCCCAGAUCUCAGAACCUUUAGCUGCUGCUGACAUACCAGCCUAUUACAUCAGCACCUUCAAGUUUGAUCAUGCACUGGUACCUGAGGAAAACAUCAAUGGUGUAAUUAAUGCCCUCCAAUUCAGCCAAGCAGAAAAGCAUUAGAAAUAUUUCCGUUUGGCUCUCUUUUCAUUAUCUUUGCAGUAUUUCACAAAAAUUUUAGUCUCCGGAGGUGCCAUGAAGAAUGAGAGAGAUUGAAAUGGAAUUGAGUGCAAAAAUGUUUUCGAGUUUAACUUUCUUUUAUUUACGAGCGGUUUCUCUUAUGUUUAGUUUCCAAAGUGAUCUGUAACCUUCUUGCUAACUUGGUAAAAAGAAAAAAAAAACAUAAAAGAAAAAGCUAAAAAAAAAAAAACAAACAAAACAAAAA